UCGUUUCAGUCCCUGUAUCGCGUUUGCUCUGUUCACUUCGUUCAUAUUCGUGCGAGUGAUUCACUGUAAUAUAUAUUGUUUAUUUCUUUGUUUUUUAUUUAUUUUCAUUUUUAUUUAUUAGUGAAUAAAAUUGAAAAAAAAUGAAGAAUAUGUGUAUUAAAAUAUCAUUUUUGUUUUAACUUUUCCUUUGUUUUAUCUUUACAGAAAAUUAAAAAAAUUAUAUUUUUUGUUUUUUAAUUACAAAGAAAAUUUCUCAUAAUACAUUUAAAAUAAAUUCUGAUUUCUUGUUUUAUCUCUUUCUUUAUAUGAUUUCUAUAAAAGCAAAAGUACCUAAUAUUAAUAUCUUUAGUUAUUAAUCGUGAAAAUUAGUUUAAUCAUUAAUUUAAGUAUUUAUUUUUAAAAAAUAAUAUUGAAAGAUGUACUAUAUGUAAUUUUAUAUAUGAUCUCAAUAAAGAAAAAUAGAAUGAAAAAGAACGAAAUAAUAACACGGUGAUAUAAUUCUACUUCACUUUUACAAUUAUUAUAAUAAUUAUGUUUUUGUGGAUAUUAAACUAUUUGAAUUUAUUAACGGUAUUUAUUUUAUGUUUAUCAACCAUUGAAUUACAAGCAGAAAAAAGUGGUUGGAAUUUUGAUCCAAAUACACAAUAUCACAUUCAAACAGAUGAAGGACCUGAAAGGUAUUUUCGUUUUCAAACAUUAAAUGGACAAUACAGAAAAGAAAAAAGAUUAGUUGAUGGAACAGUUAUUGGUACAGAAGGCUGGUUAGAUCCUCUUGGAUAUUUACGACUUAAAGAUUAUAUAGCAGAUAACGAUGGAUUUCGAAUUUUAAGAUCAAAAAUGAUAUAUGUGGGUAAUAAUAGACCUAUUUAUGAUGCGGUAACAGAAGUGAAAAGAGUACCUGCUCAAACUGGAAUUCUUGUAAAACCAACACGUCCACCAAAUCCUUUCAGAUCAAAAACAGAGCAUGUUGUUCCAGUUUUUGAUAAUGAUAUAAAUUCUGAAUAUUAUGCCAGCACAACUGCCAAACCUCAAGCUAAAUUUCCUACAUUUACUUCUAAUGAUUAUUAUUACAAUACCAAUCCAACAAGUUUAUCUUCGGGACUACGCAAUUUAAAUAAUUAUUCUCAAUCUCAAAAUUAUAAUAUUCUUCGCCAUCCGAAAAUGCCACUUAAUCAAUUAUCAACAAUUCAUACAAGCAGUACAUCGCGAAAUAAUCCAACAGAAUUUCCUGAAUUUGAUGGAACAUAUAAUGUUGCUAAUGGAUUUCAAUAUUAUUUGAAAAGACAGUAUCACGAAGAAGAACAAGAUUCAACUGGAAGUAAUGUCGGUUCUUUUGGUUAUAUAGAUCCAUUUGGUAUUAGAAGAGUAAUUUAUUAUAAAACUGACCCGCAAAAUGGUAAUUUUUAUCAUAAAAAAAAUAAUAAAUAUGUUGGAUUUGCGUCAACUCCUUAUGAUCUGUCAUUGCCUAAUUUAUACAGACGUAAUUUAAGAUCUGUAAAUUAAUACACUUUUUCUCAAUUCAUUUUAUGAUAAAUUAAUUAUGAAAUUUUUGUUUCAUAUAAUUGGAUUAAUUAUUAUUUGUGACUGAAAUCUGUUUUGACAUUCUUUUUUUUUUUUCAUAUGUAAUUAAUAGUACAAAACGAAAAGAAAUUGUACAAACUUUUAUUAUAAUAUAUAUUAAAUAAGAUAAAUAUGGAUCUUAAUUUUAAAAAUAUAUCAAAGACAAAGAUUUGUUUUUUUUCUAAUGAAACUAAGAAAGGAAAAAAUGAACAUAUAAUCAUACAUAAAUAAAUAUGAUGCAAAUUUAAUUUGAAAUUAUUCUAAAAAAAAAUAAAAAAAGAAAAUUGAUGAUUCAAAAAAAAUGAGUUUUCUUAAAAAAGAAUACAAUCACAGUUAUAAAAAAAGUAAAUAACAAAUUUGCAGCAGUAAAAAAAUUCAUAAAGUUUAAAUUUGUUGUUGUGAAAACUACUUAGGAAAGAUUUUGAACAGUAUUUUACAUGAUUUUGAAAAUGCAUGAUUUUUAAAAAUUUAUGAUAAAUUAAUUACUAUUGAGAAAUAUAAAAAAUGAAACAACUAAAUAAAUUAAUCUAUAUAUAUAUAACUAAUAAAUAACAUAUAUUGUCAAUAAAUAAUGACCUAAAAUCUAAACUUGAAUACUUGCACGUACAUAAUGGUAUUACUUUGCUUCACAAAAAUAGCCAUUUGAUCUUAUCUGAUGCCAAAUUUCUAAUAAAAAUUUAAAAAAUUCUUUAUUUUCUUUUAAAGAAAAUCUUUUUUCUCUAAAAAAUUAAUUGUUAUUUAAUCAUAAAAUAUAUAUAAAUAUCUUUCAUUUUAAAUUUCUAUGUCUCUUAUAUUUAGUAUUUUUUGAAUGCUUUAAUAAAAUAAUUUAGUUAGUAAAAAAAUCUUAUGUCAUAUAUAUUUAGAAUUCCAGAAUUUCAUAAUUUGUUGAAUUUCCUGACUGAAAAUCUUUUCUAAAAAAAAAAAAAAUAAUUUUAAUAAUAUACUAUUUUUAAACAAUUACGAAUAAAGAUAUUUAAUAAUAAAUUAUAUAAAAAUAAUAUUUUUUUUAUAACUAAUUUAUAUUCAUAAAAAUAUUCAAUUAUUCAAUUCAUUUUUCAGAAAUAUUUAAAUAUAUAAAAAUAAAAUAAAUAUAUCUAUUUACCAAUAGUGAAUGUAGUAUUAAAUUACAAGUAUGAUCAAUUUUUACUUAUAAAGAAUUAAUAGAUUUUCGAAUUUAUUAUUUAUUUAUUUAUUGAAAUUCGAUAUUCCAUAUGACAUACAAUUUUAAUUUUAUUAUAUGUAUUAAAUACAUUUAUUCAAAUAUACUUUAUUUACGUAAAAUAGAUAUUUUUAAUUUUUACGUUACAUUGAUAAUAUAAUAUAUAAUAUAUGAAAAAAGACUUUUUGCUUUUUCAAUUGCUUUAAAGCUUAAUUUAUAUUGUUACAUUGAAUUUUAAAUUAUAAUAACUGCGUGCCAUGUUAAUAUUAUAUAUGUUAUACGUACAUAUAAUUAUUCGUAUUACAUUCGUGAGAUACUUUUUCAGAAAAUCAAUUUUAAAGUCAAAAACAAUAUAAUUAGUAUAAAGAAAAAUAAUUAGUUUAUAAAAAUUAAUUUAGUUUCUUGUUUGAGGCUUAUUCAUUUAUAAAUAUUUGAAAUUUAAAAUGAGAUGAAAUGGAAAUGAGAUCACUCUAUUUCCAUUAUAUUGCUAUCACACGUUUUCAUUUUACUUUAUCUAAAUAUAAUAUGAAAUUAAAUUUUUUUAAUAAAUUUCUAUGAAUAUUUUUAUAUGCUAAUUUUCGUAUAUAUUUUUAUAUUUACAUAAAACAAAGUUACAUAAAUCAAAGUAUCUCGUGAAUAUAUUCUAUAUAUAUAUUCUAUAUAUAUAUUAAAAAAAUUUAAUAUUACUAAAUAUAAAGUUAACCGAAACUAAUUUUUUACUGUAACUAUUUAGAUAUGACUUUUAAAAUUAUACUUAUUAUACUUAUAAUUAAAUAAAAUUAUACUUAUAAUAAAAAAUUUCAAAUAAUUAAAAAUAGAUAUAUAAUAAUAAUGAUAAUAGAUUUUAUUAUCUGCAAUAUAGUAUUAGUUCAAUAUUGUAUUUUAUUAUAAAUAAUGAUGAAUAAAAUUUUUUUUUGUAAAA